AUGAACUCUACAACUACAGAAACUGGUAACAUCAAAUCAUUAGGCUACAAUGAUGCAAUAAUUAUUUUAAUUUCAAUUCUUGGUUUGGUGCUAUUUGUUAAUAAAAAGAAGAAAGUUGAACCAAAUUAUAAAGUUGCAGAUAGACCAUUUGGAUAUUGGAAACCAGAUCAUACAUUCAAAACGCCAACACCAAAAGAAUUUCCAAAUUGGGAUUUUAACAAAACAAAACCAUUACCUUAUAGAGCAUUUAAACAUAAAUAUCAUGUUACAAUGGGAAUUAGACCAAUGGAUUGGAAUUCAUGGAUUGAAUUAGAUAAUGAAUGGAAAUAUUAUCAUGAUUUAAAAAUGAAAAGGUUGGAAGAACAAGGUGAUGAUUUAUAUGCAACAUCUGAUAAAGCGAAAAAUGCAAGUUGUGAAUUAUUACAUGAACUAUGCAGUUAUUUACCAGCUAGAUAUCCCAAUUUAUUCAAAUUUGAAAAUAAUAUAAUAACAAUUAUUCCAAUCAAUGAAUCUUAUAACUUGAAUGAUGACAAUUUAAAUCCAAUUACAACUUCAGCUAAAUUAAUUCAAGACGAUAUUGCAAUCAUGGUUGAAAAUGAUGAUGAUGGAGCGUAUUCAUUAGAAAGUGGUUGUAUUUGUUUAGCUGGAUUUUGGAGAUUAAAAGAUAAAUUUAAAAUGAAAUUAGAUGAAAUUCAUAAAUCUGGUGAUGUACCACAAUAUGAAACAAAAUUAAAAUCAGGAAUGAAUAAAUUUUUUAAAAGAUUAACUGUAAAUUCACCUGUAAUACGUAAUAAUUAUUUUAUUCAAACUGACGAACAUUUACAUUGGUCAAAAUCAAUUGGAUCAGAGCAUGAAAAAAAUAUUGGUUGGUAUACUGCUCCCGAAGCAAAAGAUAUAAAUCAAUUAUAUUUCAGAAGUGAAAGACAAAGUUUAAGAAGAUUACCUAUUAGUGGAGCUGUUGUAUUUACAAUUCGAACUUAUUUUUUACCAGUGACAAAGUUAUGUGAAGAACCUUAUAUACCAAGAAGAUUAUUAAAUGGUAUUGAAAGUUGGAGUGAUGAUGUUGAAGAAUAUAAAGGUUAUCAUAAAUUUAAACAAGUUUUAUUACCUUAUUUAGAACAAAAGGCAAAAGAACAGGAAUUAAAAGGAUUAGAUCCAUUAGAAGAACCAAGUGUAUAUCCAUUUUAA